UAUCCGUUUUAUUUUUAUAUUCAGUGUUGCCAGUGCAUUUAAAUUCUACCAUUCCGAGAAUUUUAUGGCGAGAACCCUGGAGGAGCUUGUGAUAUUGAAAAGAACGGCCCUAAAGUAUCUAUUAGUCAGAGAGUCGAAACUAUUGGCUUUAGGGAAGCGGCCCGUUAAUAAAAAGAUUGCUCAUUUUGUUAAGAGCCACCAAGAGAACACAGUUUGGGCGUCUUUCAUGGAUUCUUUGAAUGAAGAUUUGACGAGGAAUAUUAAUGUUUUCGAGUGGAGAUUGGAGAAAGACAGUGAACAUAAUUAUGUGAGGAAAAAGUUCUAUAGAUUGGACUCGGAAUCGAGGGAAACACUGAAGUACUACGAGUCCUUGAGAUGGGGAGGCAGGAUGUCAGACGCUCCGGUGGUGUCAGUGCAGCAGGGCGCUCUGCAGGGCCGCCUGGUGUCAGCUGCUGACGGGAAGGCGUACUACAGCUUCCAGGGCAUCCCGUAUGCCAAGCCGCCGCUGGGCAGCUUGAGGUUUAAGGCACCGCAACCCGUGGAGCCAUGGGAGGGCGUCCGCGAGGCCACGGCCGAGGGCAACGUCAGCGCACAGAUAGACCCUCUCUUCCACAAAGAAUACAUCGGGGAUGAGAACUGUCUGUUCCUCAACGUAUACACCCCCAAUCUGGACGGAGAGUUCCUUCCCGUCAUGGUCUUUAUACAUGGAGGAGGGUUCAAAUGGGGCUCAGGGAAUACCUCGCUUUAUGGGCCAGAUUAUUUGGUAGACAGGGAUGUAGUGGUUGUCACGUUAAACUACAGAUGCGGACCGCUGGGUUUCCUCUGUUUGAACACCCCAGAAGUGCCAGGAAACGCCGGUCUAAAAGACAUAGUGCAGGCGGUGAAAUGGGUUAAGGAUAACAUACAAAACUUUGGGGGGAAUCCUGGAAAUGUGACCGUUUUCGGGGAGAGCGCCGGUGGGGUUGCAGUUAGCCUGUUAACUGCUAGUCCGCUGACCAAGAACCUUAUUAGCAAGGCGAUUAUACAGUCUGGUACUGGAUUGAACGGAUGGGCGUUCCAAAAGACUCCUUUGGAGAACGCUAAAGCUUUGGCUAAAACCCUUGGAUGCGAGUCGGAAGACUACGAAGACAUAUUGGAGUUUCUGUCAACAACGCCGGUGAAAGACCUGGUUGUAGCCAACAGCAAAUUAGCCCCACCAGAACUGUUCUACGAAAAAGCGUCCUCAAUCUUCGCUCCGGUAGUCGAGAAAGAAUUCCCAGGAGUCGAAGCGGCUUUGACCGAACCUUUCAUAGACCUGCUAACGUCCGGCCGAACAGCCGAAAUCCCGAUCAUGAUUGGUUCGACCACUCUCGAAUUCAUGCUCGGCCACACGCCAGAAGACUUCCAAAUCUUCAUUCCUGACAACUUGAGCUUGAAGCGAAACUCCGAAGAGUCUUUAGCUGUCGCUGACAAAAUCAAGAGCCUCUACUUCAAAGACGGCCACACGGGGGUGGAGCAUUUAACUGAGUAUUACCAGCUACUGUCAGACAAACUAAUCAACAUCGACACCCAUCGCUAUGUGAAAUACCUGAUCAAUGUAUCCAAAAAGCCGAUCUAUUACUAUAAGUUCGACUACGUUGGGGAGUUAAACGUCCAUGGGAAGCUGUUGACAAGUCUUGGGUUAAAGCACGCGAGUCAUAUGGAUGAGCUGGGGUAUUUGUUCAAGAAUGUGCUUCAGAAUGAUGUGGAGCCGACGGCGGCUGAUGUGAAGAUGAGGGAACGCAUGCUGAGGCUUUGGACCAACUUUGCUAAGGGAGGAAACCCUACCCCCGAAGAGAACCACUUCAUAACCGUCAACUGGCAGCCAGUGACCAAAGACAACCUCUACUACUUGAAACUAGGUUCAGAACUAUCACUGGACACGAACCCUGACAAAGAAAAGAUGGAAUUCUGGGAGGAGCUCUACAGCAAAUACUUCAAAAUCUGGGAAGAACCCAUCAAAAACGACAUAGCAAUAGAACAAGUGACACCAGUAGAUGAAACACAAGAAACAGUAGAUGAAAAACAAGAGACAGUAGAUGAAAAACAAGAGACAGUAGAUGUAAAAGAAGAAAAUGUAGAGACAGAAACAGUUGUACAUGAUUCUAAGUCAGAACCUAAUGCUAACAAUGUGGAUGAACAAGAAUAUGUUACCAACACAAAUGGAAUUGUGACUGAAACUGAAGAAGUAGUACAAAUAGUUACCAAAUCUGAAGAAAUUAUUGAAACAGUCACUGAAUCAGAAAAUCACGAAGAAGUAAAACCAGACAUUGUUGAAUCAGUCACUGCAUCUGAAACAUUAGUUGAAGAAGUGAAACCAGAAGUUGUUGAAGAACCGGAACCAAUUGUAGAAGUAUCCCCUCUGAAGGAAGAAGUCAAAAUAGUAGCAGAAGAAAUACAAGGGCCGAAAGUGACAGAAAUAGCGAAGGAAUACCAGAAUGGGAACGCGAAGAUUCACCAAAAUGGCAACGGAUAUUUGGACAAAGCUCCAUUAAGAACGUCCAACGAAAUUAAAAUGGCUGUCAAAGCUAAUGGCGCUCCUAAAGACGUGAUCAGAGCAAACGACCCACCAGAAGAUGAUUUGCCUAAGAAUAUUGGUGUGAACAAAUUCGUCAACUUUUUCGAAUCACUCGGUGGCAAGAAGUAAAUAUCCUUGAAGUAGGUACAGUUUAGUGCCAAUUUCUCCAUUCUCGGUUAGAGCAUAACCAGGUAGUAGUGGUUGAUUUUGACACAUCUGUCAAGAAUUUUUUUAAGGAGAUGACGUUUACUUUAUAAAUCAAUCCCUGUCGGUUAGAUAACCGACUAUGGAGAAAUUGGGGCUUAAUCUAUUACAUUCUUGAGUAUAGUGACACUAACUUAUCUGAUCCACCCUAACAAAUUAAUUUAUGAAUUAGAAGAAUUUAUUUAUUUUAUUCACCAAGCUUGGAUUAGGUAGGUAUAAUAAAAUUAUGCUAAAAGCAAUUACGAAAAUGCCAUCAGUAGGCCAGAUAAGUUAG